GUCAUAUAGAUUCGCACGGUCCCCCCGUUCUUUUUUCUUUUCCCGAACCAGUUACUGAUUCAGGGAACAGUCUUAACACAAGGCCAUACUCUACUAAUGCUUAUCGUAGAACAAUAAAAAGAAGAGAUCGUAUACUUUAUAAUAAAUACCGGAAUAAUAAUACUACUACUACAUCAAGGGACGAAUCAAAUAAUAAUAACAUUUUGCAUACAUUAGAAAGAAUAGGAAGGAUAUUAUAUGUAGUACUAUCAUUGAUUUUUCUUGUGACCUUCUUAUAUAUAAUUUUUAAUUUCUUGUGGAUUCUUAAAGAUGCAAUAGAUGCAAAUGUGGAAGAACAUUUACGAGAAAUAAUUCAAUUAAGAUCUGAAUGUUCAAGAAACUAUAUAAUUAAUCGAUGUAAUCCUGAAGAAAGACUUCCAGCUGCAGAAACUGCAUAUUUCACCACUAUUAACAAACAAGCAAGGGGUAACAUUUAUUAUAAAGCAUUUAACGAAAUGAUAAAGACUUUAAUGGAUUGGUCAACUGCGUUUUCUGUAAUGAUAACUAUUACUAUUGUAUAUGCAUUUGGUGCUCUUAUUAAACUUUUAAGUCAGCUAAUACGUUUAUGUCGAUUGCAAGAGAACUAA